AUGCAGUACUGUGAUGAGGAUGAUAUUGCUAAGUCGUUAGGACUUGCUAAUAAUUCAGUUAUAACUUCACAAUCUAGUAAUUACAAAAUUAUAAAAUUACUUGGUGAAGGUGGAUUUGGUGCUGUUUUUCUUGUAUCAUCUUCCUCAAAAGAAAAUGUAAAAUAUGCUUUAAAAGUUGAAAAAAAAACAGCAAAAAGAAAAGAUCCUAAACUUCAGAUGGAAGUUAGUAUACUUGAAAAUCUUAAAAAAUCUGAAAAAAGUGAACAUUUUACAGAAAUUGUUGAUAAAGGUAAAACAUCAACAUAUUAUUUUGUUGUAAUGGAAUUAGUUGGUAAGUCAUUAGCAGAUAUUAAAGAUAAAUUGGGAAAAGUUUUUACACUUGGUUGUGGAAUAAGAACAAUGAUGCAAUGUGCUGAUGCUAUAAGUGCAUUUCAUGCUUUAGGCUUUAUACAUAGAGAUUUAAAACCAGGAAAUUUCUGUGUUGGAACAUUAGAUAAAAGAAGAAAUAUUUAUUUAUUAGAUUUUGGAAUGGCUAGAAAAUUUUUAAAUGAUAAAGGAGAAAUAAAAAGACCAAGAAGACAGGUAAAUUUUAAAGGUACAUUAAAAUUUGCUCCAAUACGCCUUCACCAAGGUAAUGAAUAUAGUCGUAAGGAUGAUGCAGAAUCAUGGUUUUAUAUGUUAGAAGAUUUAGUUAAUAAAAGAGGUUUACCAUGGAAAAAAAUUGGUGAUAUGAAUUUAAUAAGAAUAUCAAAAGAAGAUUCAAGAAAACCAGAAAAUUUACAACGUCUUAUUGGUGAUUUUCCAUGUAAAGCUGAAUUUGAAAAAGUUUUAUCAUACAUAGAUAAAUUGGAUUAUGUUCAUAGUGUUGACUUUGCAUAUAUUAAUAGUAUUAUGGAAGAAGCAGCUAAAGUAAUACAAAAUACACCAGAAGAUCCUUAUGAUUGGGAAUCAUUACCAGAAGAAUGGUAA